AAAGUCCAUUGUUUGAGCUAAGACUAACCUGCACAGACUCGGGCAGGGGUCGGGGCGGGCAGCCACGCGGAGGGCUUGCUUACAGAAAAGGGCAAAAUAAUUCAUUACCGUUCCGAGGGUGCGGGGCACCAUUCUCCAGCCCAUUGUUAGGUCCUUUGAUGAUCAACAGUGCCAUUUUUUCUUUCUUUCCUGGCACAGUGCUAGUCCAGAAAGUACCCAAAUCCAGCAUGGUUUUAACGCUAUUGCAUCUCUGUAUGCUCACCCGGCGGCUCUUCUCCUUAACGUUGAAGUUAAGACGAGAGUGUCUUUAAAAGAGAAAACUCUGCUACAAUAGGAAGAACUUGAGUCACCUUUCCAGCCCUUCUUUUUCCUUGAAGCCUUUCCUUAGGACGAGGCUUUAAGACUUCUGUGAGAGUAACAGACUUUCAGUAUAAUAAGGUAUAGCAUAUGUUGGCUAGGCUGCCUUAGUCUGAGUUAAGUAAACUCCAGACAAACAUUUUUGUUUGUGUGGGUGUGACCCUUCCAUACUUGGUCUUUUUGCUGAUACAGACUAACAUGGCUACCACUCUGAAACCUGUCAUCUCUUCUGGAAGUAAAGAGCCAGAAAACAUAGUGGACAGCUGAUUUAAUUCGUUGUCUAGGCAUACCCCGGCCUUAAAAAUCACACUUAUUAGAGUAAAACAACAAGGAGUCCAGUGGCACCUUAAAGACUAACAGAUUUAUUUGGGCAUAAGCUUUUGUGGGUAAAAAAACCUCACUUCUGUUGCAUCUGUUAGCCUUUAAGGUGCCACCAGACACAACAAGGUAUGUUAAAAAGAUUGUGAGCCUUUGAAUUUCUUUUUUGUUGUUGACUUUAAUAUAUAUAUAACUAUGGGGGGAAUCAAACCUGUAAGGUGAAGCAAUUCAGCAUCACUACUGAUUGGCUAAAAAGUUUUGUUUAAAGAUGUAUGUUAAAAAAAACAAAAAACUUUUUUCCCAAGUUAAAUUUUGACUGUUCUUUUAACAUGACAUUAAAUGCCCCAAAUACUAGCACUAUAUUCUUGAUAACAGUUUGGUAUGAGUACCACCAUUUUAAGAUCCUCUUCAAAAUUAAAUCAUCACAUGCCUUACCACACACAACUGGUGCUGAAGGGAGAAUAAGUCCGGCCCAAUAAUAUUUUGUACUGUGGGAGAAUCCACUGUCUCUCACCAGUUCCAUUCCUAGGUUAGUGUGGACUGGAAAUGUUGAGCCAUGUGCCUGACUCUUUGUGUUGGGGACAAGGAUAGUUUGUAUCAUUCAACAGUGACUUUCCCUUAAAGGAAUGUCCUUAGGUUUAAAAAAGUCCUUAUUUAUGUUACUAACACCUUUUAGAUUUAAAAAUGGUAACUUUGUCAUGCUGAUUGAACUGAAAAUUACAAAGUAAGCAACACACCAGUUUCAUUUGCAGCUUCUCUCACAGUAGCACAAUAAUAUUCCUGACGCUCUCAGAAUGAGCAAAGUUUAGUUGUCUAGUUGUGGUGGAUUCUGAAGGUCAAACUAAAACUGUACUGGAAACCUUGUUUAAAGUAGGCACUGUAGAACUGUUAGGAGGGGAUUGCUACUGGAGAGGGUCUUUACUGUAGGUUUCAUUAUGAUAGCUGGUGAACAUAUAUGAAUGUGAUCAGACAAAUAUCCCUGUUUAUUUCCUGGUUUGGAAGUAUUGAGCUAAAACAAAGACUUACAGAAAUGAAGUUCCUGAACUGUGGUCUACAGAGUAUUUGCCGGUUGUGAGUAGAGCGCAGGCUGAUCACGUGAGGCAGCUCUGUGUUUUCAGUUACAGAAUUGAGUUAAGAUGGCUAAAGCACUUACUUUCUUAAUGUUAAAUAUCCACAUAAGUAAUUGCUGUAGUUGUCAGAGGAAUGGGGUGUAGUCUGCAUAAUUGUGAACAGGAAGUUCAUAAGACCCUCUGUGAAAAUGCGGACCAUAAAGUUUGAGAACUCCUGUGAAGCUGUUCUUUGUUUGUUUGUUUGGUGUGUAUGUGUAUUUUGGGGUUGACUAGGAAGGUCAACUAACAUUAUUGUACAGCAAGCUGGCAGGCUGAAAUGUCAUUAACAUUGUGUGUAUUCAUACUAGGAAUCUAAACUUCUUUAAAUGUUUAGCUUCAUUAAUGUCAUUUAAUUGUAGUGAGGUCAGGACAGUACAGUAGUAGAUUAAACCCUGGACUUGUGGAGGUGAUGAACUAGCUGGAAUCCUGUCAUUUUAAAUGUAUUAAGUAUUGCUUAAUGAUAUAGUAGGAUAGUAUUGUAACAUCAGUGGCAACAGUUUUUUAACAUGGAGACAAUACAUUUAGAAUAUGUUGAAAACAUGCUACAAUCUGCAUCUUGUUAUAGCAAAGUUAUUAGCAGUUUUCUUUUCUUUUAUACACUAGAGCAGUAUAAUCCCUGAUUCUUGGUCCAAGGAAUGAACACUCAAGUCAUUGCUGAAAGGGAACCAAAACCUGGCUUCUAAACAAAGCUUAAGAAUAAACUGGAUCUUACAUGUACUACUGGUUGUCUAUGAUAAUUUUAAAGGGGAAAAAAUGGCAGCAGAGGUUGUAAGUAAGAUUUACCUGUCUAGGUAAUUCUCUAUAUCCAGAAACACCUUAAUGCAUGCAUUUAAAAACAAAGCUUUUGUGGUGCGUGAAUUACUUUUCUCAUUCUUGUAUUUUUCCCCACAUCUUCUGGCAACCAUCAAAAGAUAAGUUCCAUGUACAUGGCAAAGCUGAAUGUUUGACGCUGUCCUACUAUAGCAGAUCCUCAUGCUAUUAAUGGCAAGGUAUGUCAACAAUUUGUCAGAUGAUGCUUGUUGAAGUGCUAAUCCUCUUGCGCCUUCUUCCUUCUGUUUAGGGAAAACAGUUAGGCUGACUCUCUUCCUGAAGGAUCCUUGUGCUUCUUCCUAAGAUCACACAGAGUGUGUUUGCGCACAGGUUCACGUGUGGAUUCAUUGUAAUGGAUCGCUACAGAUAUUUCAUCUUUAACCAGAAAAGUAUGGUUGUGCUGGGGUUCUUGCAGAUAGCCUGUGCUGCAGUGUGUGUCAUCAGUGGAUUAAUGGAUGGCACCUUCAGAACAGAAUCAGCACUGAGUAAAAGCAGAGCACCCGUCUGGGCUGGAAUGGUGAAUGCAAUGAUAGUGGCUUCUAUAUUUUCUUGUUUUGCCACCAUCAUUGUAGUGGUCUAUGCUUCCUUAACUUUAAGCUAUGGUGAAGAAGAUGAGAUGUUCACACAUGAGCCAGUUCAUGUUAUUCAUACGAAGUUUGUGCUUGAUAAACUUGUCAAAGGAGCCAACAUAGCAAUGUUAAUUGCAUCUACCUGCAGUGCUUUCAUUGUGCUAGUUAUUGCUUACAUGGGCUGCCGAAGUCUUCCACGUUGUUCAUGUUAUGACAAUGUAACUGGAAUGGAAUGGCUACAACCUGCUGAGGAUCCGCAGCAGACUGUGGAACUGGUUUGCACUAUGCAAAGUCAUGGGAACAGAAUCUUUAAUUCCCCAGUGCAGUUUCCAGAUCAAGACUUAGAUGCAGAGGAAGAACUAUCCAAACCACCUCCCUACAUCAGACUUGCUUGAAGAAUAACAAAGAAUUUUAAUGCUAAUAGACUGGAGAACUUACCUUAUAUUUUGCUACCUUUUUUUAAAGACUUUUAAAAACAAAAUCUGCGCACUUUUUCAUGGAUUCUUUAAACAUGGAACUACUGAAGCACAGAAAGUUAAGCAAAGAAAAAUUGUCUAUGCACUUGUGGAUGAAAAGAUCUUACAGGUCUUAAACUGAUUUAGGUCUUGCACAAUUAAAAUACCUCAUCUCUUCUGGGAUGUAUGAACCAGUCUCCUGCAGCUUUUAUAUGAGAUCUAUAUUUUAAGACUAGAUGAUAAUGGAAUUUGUCUUGCAGUUUCAGUUUGGUAGUGCUAGCUUUGAGCAUUCAAAUGUGAAAUCAUAUUGACUGUUUUCAAAUGUUUGUUAAUGCAUCUACAUUUUCUCAAAUAUAACUUGUAUUUUUCUGCCUUUUUAAACAAGUUAUAUUAGAAUGAAGGAGCAACUUGUGGUUAGACAUAAUUUCUUUUACUUCUGUGGACUGCACUGGAUAUUCAGCCAUCUUCUUCCAUCUUUCUUGGGGAACAGGCUGAAACAUCUGGUAUUAAAACUUGAAGUGCCCCUGUCAAACUAUAGAUUCAGUUGUGUUUAAAAAAAAUUUUAUUUAUAUUUUAUCAAUGAACGCCUAAUAAAACAGGAUUUUAAGUA